GAUUGGCUGGGGGGCGCGCCGGUGACGCGCGUGGCGUCGCCUCCCCUGCGCGCGCCGAUCCUGCCGGGCGGCACUGGCGCCUCAGUCAGCUGAGCGCGCCGCCGGAGCUGGAGUCUUCGUCGCCGCAGCUAUCGCUGCUGCUAGAACCGUGUGAAGAGGGGACCCAGGCUGCCAGACCCUCACUGCCCCACAGCUCCCCGCCAUGGCUCCCAUUGGACUCAAAGCAGUGGUCGGAGAAAAGAUAAUGCAUGAUGUGAUAAGGAAGGUGAAAAAGAAGGGAGAGUGGAAGGUGCUGGUGGUUGAUCAGCUCAGUAUGAGGAUGCUCUCAAGCUGCUGUAAGAUGACUGACAUUAUGACUGAAGGGAUAACAAUUGUGGAAGAUAUCAAUAAACGUCGAGAGCCACUCCCUAGUCUGGAAGCUGUGUAUCUCAUCACUCCUUCUGAGAAGUCUGUCCAUUCGCUCAUCAGUGACUUUAAGGACCCACCAACUGCCAAGUACAGGGCUGCUCAUGUGUUUUUCACUGACUCUUGCCCAGAUGCUCUGUUUAAUGAGCUGGUAAAAUCUCGUGCUGCCAAGGUCAUCAAAACACUUACAGAAAUCAACAUUGCAUUCCUUCCUUAUGAAUCCCAGGUAUAUUCCUUGGACUCUGCUGACUCUUUUCAAAGCUUCUAUAGCCCACACAAGGCUCAGAUGAAAAAUCCAAUCCUGGAACGACUGGCAGAACAGAUUGCAACUCUUUGUGCUACUUUGAAGGAAUACCCAGCUGUACGAUAUCGAGGGGACUACAAAGACAAUGCCAUGUUGGCCCAGUUAAUCCAAGACAAACUAGAUGCCUACAAAGCUGAUGACCCAACUAUGGGGGAGGGUCCAGAUAAAGCUCGUUCUCAGCUCCUGAUACUGGAUCGUGGUUUUGACCCCAGUUCUCCUGUACUUCACGAAUUGACUUUUCAGGCUAUGAGCUAUGACCUGCUGCCUAUUGAAAAUGAUGUAUACAAGUAUGAGACAAGUGGAAUUGGAGAAGCUCGAGUAAAAGAAGUUCUUCUGGAUGAAGAUGAUGAUCUGUGGAUAGCUUUGCGCCACAAACAUAUUGCAGAGGUAUCCCAGGAGGUCACCCGUUCUCUGAAAGAUUUUUCUUCCAGCAAAAGAAUGAACACAGGUGAAAAGACCACUAUGAGGGACCUAUCACAGAUGCUGAAGAAGAUGCCCCAAUACCAGAAAGAACUUAGCAAGUAUUCAACUCAUCUACACCUUGCUGAAGAUUGUAUGAAGCACUACCAAGGCACUGUGGAUAAACUCUGCCGAGUUGAACAGGAUCUGGCAAUGGGCACUGAUGCUGAAGGGGAGAAGAUCAAGGACCCCAUGAGAGCUAUUGUUCCUAUUCUGUUGGAUGCAAAUGUCAGUACUUAUGACAAGAUCCGUAUCAUUCUUCUCUACAUCUUCUUGAAAAAUGGCAUCACUGAAGAAAAUCUGAACAAACUGAUUCAGCAUGCACAGAUUCCCCCAGAGGACAGUGAAAUCAUCACCAAUAUGGCUCACCUGGGAGUGCCCAUCAUUACAGAUUCCACUUUGCGUCGUAGAAGCAAGCCGGAGCGGAAGGAACGCAUUAGUGAGCAGACCUACCAGCUUUCACGAUGGACUCCAGUGAUUAAAGACAUUAUGGAGGACACUAUUGAUGAUAAACUUGAUACCAAGCACUAUCCCUAUAUCUCUACACGCUCAUCAGCUUCUUUCAGUACCACUGCUGUCAGUGCCCGUUAUGGACACUGGCACAAGAACAAGGCCCCUGGUGAGUACAGAACUGGUCCUCGCCUCAUCAUUUUCAUUCUUGGGGGUGUGAGCUUGAACGAGAUGCGAUGUGCUUAUGAAGUGACACAAGCCAAUGGAAAGUGGGAGGUGCUAAUAGGUUCUACUCACAUUCUCACUCCCACCAAAUUUCUCAUGGACCUGAGACACCCCGACUUCAGGGAGUCCACUAGGGUAUCUUUUGAGGAUCAGGCUCCAACAAUGGAGUGAGAGCCAGAAACAAAGUAAAAGCAGCUAUUAAAGAAAAGAAACUCUUCUCUUCUGAAGGGUUUUCUUUGAUUAUUCCGUCACUCUUUUUCUUUUCUUUUUUCCUUUUUAGUUUAUUUUUUUAUUUGAUUUUCUUUUAACUAGAAAAUGCUUGCAGUCUUAAUACCGAUUGAAAAUGUGUCCAUUGCUGCCUUCAUGAAACCCCAUUAUGAAAUUCUCUCUGGGCCCAAUCUUGCCAACAUCCUUACGCCUUGUUACCUACCACUCAGUUAGAAAGCUGAAGACCACUGAUUGUUAAUUUGAAAAUUAACUGAUUUGAAUUUUAGUGCUUUUAGAGGGAGCUGAGAGUUAAAAGAGCAAUUGAGUCAAAAUUCCUUAGUCUCAAAGUCCAGGGUUGAGUUUAUGGGUAUUGGGCUGGCUCCUGAAGAAUCAAUGAACUCUUAGAUAUGACAUGAAUAUGAGUUUAAGGCUAGGUUAAUUAUUCUGGAGGAAGUUUGGCCUGUACACCAACAGAAAUGGGUGUUUGGAUUACUAGACAAAAAAUACGUUAUACCAAUACAGGACUGGUGGACUUGUUGGAGUUAAAAAGAAUUGUAGUAGAACUCAGGUGAUUGACAGAGUUGGUACAUGUAAAUGUUAUUUUAUUCUAAGAGAUAGUUAUCACAAAGGAUAGUUUCUAAGGACAAGUAUCUGGGGUCACAGCCACUGUGUACUUUAGUGAUCCUGAGUAAUGAAUAGAAUGAUUUCUCAUUUUGUAAUGCUCUUCCAGAAAAGGAGUAAUUUCAUAAUCCUUUAAUUUCUCAAUAUGUAUUCCAUUUUCUUUUUCUAUUGUAUAAAAAUAUUUUAAUAGCCUCUGGAGAUUUAAAGAUCUUAUAGUCAGUUUUUCUUUUAGCUCUACAGACUAUUCUCAAAAAUACUUCCCUCUUUCCCACAUCAUCCUAGAUGAACAACCAACUCUCAAUUAUUUAGAAGCAUGUAUUGUUGAUUUGGCAAAUAAUCCAGAUUCCUUAUUUUUUCCUUUUCCUUUUUAUUUCAUUGUUCACUGGAAUACGAAAGGGGGCAUAUUUGAAAAUGAAAUAUGUAUUGUUGCUUAGUAUCUAUAAUAAAAUAUUUAGAUUGGGAGGAAACUGAGUAUUUUCUCCAUUUCAGUUGUCAUUAAUCUGAAUAAUUGAGAAUUGAAUAGAACUUUGUUUCCCAAAUCCUAAAGGAUGAAAGAAUUGUGCAACAGCCCUGGAUAGAGGUCCUGUCAGAAUGCCAAGAUUUAUAUUGCUUUUCUGACAGUCUGAUCUGAACUAAUACAUUUAAUACCAUUAGGACUCUUCCCUCACCUCUAGCUCCCCAGAUUGAAAUUGCCUAGAACACUAAAUGAAGAAUUAUAUUCUUAAACCUAUCUUGUUCCAUUCAGCCAAUGAGCAUUUCUUAAGCACUUACUAUGUUCCAGGCACUGUGCUAAGCACUGGGAAUACAAGGAAAGGCAAAAGGCAGUCUGCUCUCAGGAAGCACAGUCUAUUAGGGGAGACAGGACACAAACAACCAUGUAAGAGAGAAAGAUCCAGGAGAAAUUGGAAAUGACCAACAGAGGGAAGGCAUCAGAUUUAAGGGGAACAGGGAAAGGCUUACUUUAGAAAGUAAGAUAUUACCUAGGACCUGAAGAAAGCCAGGGAAACUGGGGGUGGGGGGAGCAGAGAUGAGGAAAGAGAACAUUCCAUUCAUAGAAGCCCUGAAUAGGCCUUGAGUGCAGAGAUGGAAUUUCUUGUUCAAGGAACCACAAGGAGACCAGUGUCUUUGGAUUACAGAUUGUGUGUAUGUGUGUAAAUUGUAAGAUUAGAAAGGUUGUGGAGGAGGACAGGUUACAAAGGGCUUUAAACCUCAAAUAAAAGAUUUGGUAUUUGGUCUUGGAGGCACUAGGGAGCCAGUAGAGUUUAUUGAUAGGGGGAGGGGAAGGUGACAUGGUGAGACCUAAACUUUAGGAAGAUCAUCUUAACAGUUGAAUAGAGGAUGGAUUAGAGUGGAGAGAUAGUUGAGGCAGGCAGGACCCUCCCCCCAAGUAGACUACUGCAGUAUUCCAGGCUUGAAGGGUUGUGCUAGAGUCAGGGCAGGAUUCUAGGAGAGAAGGGGGCUUAUUCAAGAGAUGUUACAAAAGUGAAAUGGAUAGGCCUUGACAAUGGCUUGGAGAUGGGAUAUGUGCAAAAUAAAUUGGUUUAAAGAAUGUAUUAAAACUAAAUAAUGCAAAAA